AUGCCGUCAGUUGAAAAACUCGAAACAACUAAUCUGAAGAAAGAACUACGAAAACGAAACCUCGACUCGAAAGGAGCGAAGGCAGUUUUAAUAAACCGCCUAAGGGACGCUCUGACAAACGAAGGUCUUGAAAAUAUUCGAGAAGUUAGCAGUGACAAACGCAUGGAAACUUUUGAUAGGCAGUGCGACUUGCCUGCUUUUCAUCUUAAAAGUAUCAAUGAUUAUUUAAAUGAUAAAAAUAUCAGUAAAGGGGAUGUUUAUGCUGACGCGAAUAGUAUGAAAUUCAAAGUGCUGAGAUGGAAGAAAAGAAUGAGAUCAGAAGUUGAACCACCCGAUCUCAAUAUUGUAAUAACAUAUUGUCAUUUGAGCUAUGAGUAUAAUGAGUUUAAAGAAGCAAAUGUUAAUAAACAUAACAAGUUGUCUCCUAAGAGCCACAGGUGCUGCCAAAAGAACAAUACGUUCAAACACAAUGGACUAUUUCUCAUUGUUGCUGCAGCCAACAAAUGCAUCGAGCUUAUUCUAAAAAAGCGAGAUGCGGAACAUUUAUUUGAGGUAAAUGACAAAAUGAUUGCAAUCAAGACCACUUUAAAACUGCAUGGCUUCGUUGGCUUCGGUUUGGCUGGGCUCGGUUUAAACGUGGAAUUGAGUUAG